CUUUAGAGAGAACAAAUUGAAGCUUCGGACAUUAUCUCCACCCAGCAAGCCUUAGCCAACAAGCUUCCCCCGACAUUUAUUCGGGCAGAGACAUUGCCCACCAUGGCGACCACUGCGGAGGCAAAGCUAAUACGGCAGACCAAAUUCCCGCCAGAGUUUGCCAAAAAGGUGGACAUGCAAAAGGUUAAUAUAGAGGUGAUGAAGAAAUGGAUUGCUGGCAAAAUUUCCGGAAUCCUAGGAAAUGAGGAUGAUGUCGUUAUCGAACUCUGUUUCAAUUUGCUCGAGGGGGCUCGGUUUCCGGAUAUCAAACUCCUACAGAUUCAACUCACUGGCUUUUUAGACAAGGAUACGCCCAAGUUUUGUAAGGAACUCUGGAAUUUAUGCCUCAGCGCCCAAACCAACCCACAAGGCGUACCGAAGGAGUUACUGGAGGCUAAGAAACUGGAACUGAGACAAGAAAAACUCGAAUCUGAAAGACUAGCUGAAGAAGCUAGACGGCGUAGGGAAGAAGAGAGGGCGCGCGAACGUGAGCUAGAAGCUUUGCGGGAGCGCGAACGUGCCGAACGCGGUCGCGGCAGAGGCAGGAAUCGGUGGGCUGAUAGAGAUGCUCGCUCACCACCACGGCGGAGAAGUUUGGAGAGAUACCGAGACGGCUUUGGUAGGCGCAAGGCAGAUACCUGGGCUCCUUCUGGGGGUAGAAGUUCACGCUGGACAGAAGAUCGUGGCCGUCGUGCGUCUAGGUCAAUAUCCCGAUCUGUAUCGCGAUCGACCUCACGCUCAUCGCUCUCUCCGUCUCCCCAUCGAAGGGACCGUGGCCGUCACGGACCCACCAGGCGUCGACGAUCGCCAAGUUACUCUCGUUCACCAGACACGAGGGGCCGCAAAAGGAGAAGAUGGCGUAGCCCCGACCAUGAUGAUAUUCGUGCAAGGUCUAGUUCUGUCAGUAGAUCAGAUCGCUCACGUUCUCCCAGAAGACGCCGGAGAAAAUCGCCCACCCCUUCCUCUAGGAGCCCCUCCCGCUCUAUUUCACCAAGAAUUAGCCGUCACCGCCGCGACUCCCCGUCAAUAUCUCGCUCCCCGUCCUCGUCGCGCCACAGGUCGCGCUCACGAUCGCCGUCCCGAGUGAAUGGUGACAAGCGUGCAAGGGGAGGCCGAGGGAGAAGAUCACCAUCACCCGGUGCGAAAGAUUAUAGAGCAGAUUCACGAGCUGAUAUUACCAAGGACCAUCCCAAAUCCCACGAUGCUCGCCGUCGUCUAAGCCGAAGCCGAAGCCGCAGUCGCAGUCACAGCCGAACCAGAGAACGACCUAGUUACCGCAGACGCAGAAGUCCAAGCAGAAGCAGGUCCCGAUCUCGCUCCCGCAGCCCCUUCCAUGACCAUGAUCGUGACCGUGAUCGUGACCGUAGCCGCUCUAACAGCCGCAGUGCACGUCGGGAUAGAAAUGACAGGAAAAGACAUCAAUCAAUUGAGAGAUACGCCCCAGCACCCAGAAGACGCCACAAGGGCGCUUCAGCAUCCCCUCCUCCAGCUCCAGAGAAAGAGCAGACGGUCGUAGCUAAUUCACAAGAAGACAAGGAAACGAAAGGCUCGCACUCACCGCCUCCUCCUAUCCCGUGUAGAGCCAAAAGUUCGGAGCCGGAACCUGAACUUAAAGGCUCCCAAGAAAAAAAGGAAGUGGAAGACAAGGAAAAGGAGGACAAGAAAGCCGCAAGCCCUGAAGAGGUGGGUAGCUGAAAUCAUUCCGUUUCUAAUAAUGAAAACAAGGAGAGAAAUUAAAUAAUGAGUAAAUGAUGUUUGUGCUGGAAUUCUUCUUUAUAACCUCCUGAUAAUCACACCUUUACCUAGUGAAUAAUAAAUUCAAUUUUGCUAACGUAUUUGUUCUUUUCUUCUAUUUUGUUGCUCCGAUCUCAGAAACGAACUCAGUCUUCCAAAGCCCGUUUAACAGGUACUGAGCUUCGUGAAAGACUUGCGCGAGAGAAGGUCAAGGCGCUACGCAGAGAAAAUGCGAAGGGAAAAGGGACUUCCCACCCGGGGUAAGUAUAAACUGUUAAGACGCGAGACUAAAAGAAGCCGUCGUGGGAAACGUAGAUUCCAUUUUUCCCUGAAUGUUGUUGUGGUGGCGAUGGGCUUAUAGCGCCGUCGAGCUCCAACUGCUACCUAAAUGAGCAGUGAUAUUGAGCUUUUCUCUUUUCUUGAUGUAAAGCGGUUCGGCUAGUGAAUUUAUUGCAUCUAUUUUACGAGUCCUACGGAGGGUACAUAAUGCAUAUUUUGUUGCGAGGUUUUCCUAAUCGUUUCUCAGUCCACACGUUCUAUUCCAGCUUCUCACUUGUUGACUUUCAGUGGGCUCUACGAGUGUGCAUGCUAUAUAUGUAAAGAGCGUAGCACAUUGGGGGGGAGGCGGGGGUGUAUAUUUCAUAAUAAUAUACAUAGCCUUUUUGUCUCCCUCUUAGGCUGGAAUAAAUAUCUGUCAGCGCAAGGAGAUCCAGGGACCGGACCCGACUAUAGAAGCAAUAAUGCCAGCAUAUUUCUGUUCCAGCACUUCCAGACCUGAUCAGAG